AUGAACGGCUGCAAUUACAGGAAAAAAACUGUGACAUUGGUCAAGAUCAGAUCAGUGGAGCUCAUGGCAGUUGUCCUGCUGAGACACACCCCUGUGUCUAUUCUGUGGGGCACCGAGUCCCUCCAGGGGAUGGUGGAGAAGGAGGUGAAGCCAUGUUACCUGUCAUGGCCCUGCUCUGUCUGGGGGACCCCAGGGGCCCAGAACUAUAGCCUAAAAGGGUAUAGCCCUGUAGGUAUCGUAACUAUAAACAUAAUUUCUGUAUAUGAAGAUAAAACAAAUUUCACCUUCAAGGAGAUCCAAAAGGGCCAUGCGGGGUGGUGGAAAUGUCACUACUGUGAGGCCUCAGGCUGCUCCGAGCCCAGUGAUAAACUAAAGCUUCUGGUCACAGGUGUGUACAGCAGACCAUCCCUCUCAGCCCUGCCGAGCCCCGUUGUGCCCUCUGGAGGGAAUGUGACCCUCCAAUGUGGCUCAUCUGAGAGGUUCCAAGGAUUUGUUCUGAUUAGGGAAGGAGAACCUGAGUUCUCCUGGGUCCAGAAAUCACAGCCACACCCUAAUGGGCAUUUCCAGGCCCAGUUCCCGGUGGGUCCCGUGGUCUCUGGGCACAACUGGACAUUCAGCUGUUAUGGAUAUACUGAAGACCAACUGCUGAGUUCGCACUCCAGCGACCCACUGCAGCUCCUGGUCUCAGAUGCAUCUGGAAGACCCUCCCUGAUAAGUCUGCAGGGCCAUAUUGUGACUCCAGGACAAAACCUGAUCCUGCAGUGUCGAUCUGAGGUCAGCUAUAACACUUUUGCUCUGUCCAAGGAAGGGGGUGAGUAUCUACUCCAGCUCCCUGGUCACCACACACAGGCUGGGCUCUAUCAGGCAGACUUCACCCUGAACCAUGUGAUCAACUUCCAUGGGGGUCGAUACCGUUGCUACGGAGGACAUGGCCUAAAUCCCCUGUGGUCGGAGCCCAGUGACCCAAUAGACAUUCUGGUAGCAGGAUGGCUCUCCUAUACUCCAAUCCUCUCAGUAGAUCCAGGCCCCUUAGUGUCCGUAGGAAAGAAUAUAACCUUGCUAUGUGUGUCAGAGAAUUGGAUGGACACUUUCCUGCUGGCCAAGGAGGGGGCGACCAACCAUCUGCUGCCUGUCAGAGUAGAUAAGACAGAGAAGAUAACAAAAGCCCUAUUCUCCUUCCACCCUGUGACUGCAGACAUCGGUGGCACCUACAGGUGCUACAGCUCACGCAACAACAACCCCUAUGGGCUAUCAUACCCCAGUGCUUCCAUACAGCUCCAAGUGUCAGCAGUGAAUCUGAUCCGGAUCCUCCUGGGUGGUGCAGUUCUGCUUUUCCUUGGGAUACUACUACUUGAGGCUCGAUUCUGCCACAGCACUAUUCGGGGAUGA